CCAUGGAGAAGGGAAGCAGCCCCCCGCCCGGCGGCUCCGCGGCGCUCGCCCCGUCCUCCACGGCCACCUUCAAGGAGGAGCUGCUGUGCCCCAUCUGCUACGAGCCCUUCCGCGAGGCCGUCACGCUGGGCUGCGGCCACAACUUCUGCAAGGGCUGCGUGAGCCGCUCCUGGGAGCACCGGCCGCACGUGUGCCCCGUGUGCAAGGAGGCCUCGUCGCUCGACGAGCUCCGCGUCAACCACACGCUCAACAACCUGGUGGAGAUGAUCCUCAAGGAGGAAGGGCAGCGGCGGGGCCGGGCGGCCGCGCUCUGCGCCCUGCACCGCGAGGAGGCCAAGCUCUUCUGCCUGGACGACAAGGAGCUCGCCUGCUUCGGCUGCAAGAGCGCCCACAAGAACCGCAAGCGCAGGAUCGCCUGCACGGCCGAGGAGCCGGAGGCCGUGCCCACGGGGAUGCUCAUCGACGUCGCCAAGUACCUGGGCUCGCUGCAGUACGACGUCUGGAAGAAGAUGCUGGACACCAUCACCGUAGUGCCCUUCAGCUUCGACCCCAACUCGGAAGCGGAUCUGGCCAUCCCGGCUCCCUGCGGCGCGAGCGGAGCCGGGGGAACCCCCAGGGGUUUUUCCCAGGAUGAUCCAGGGAGCGGAUGA